GUAGCAACUUUACAAGUAUCCUUCAGUCACCGACUAUAACGUGCUCUGAGUGUUGCAGAUCUGCCAGUCUUUGUAACUCAAAAGGUUGUGGUGAACAAGGUUAUCCAGCAGAACGAGGUCCUAUCUGUUAUAACUGUCCUUUACAUACCGCCACAGGAAGAUGUCAUGACAUUGAAUUUUGUUCGCAUGGCGAGGCUUGUAGCAUUAUUGGGAAGAAUGUAUUUUCAGAUGUUGUUUAUACUAGCCGCUGCAUUUCAAAACACGCUUGUAAAUCAACAGAAGAAAGUCAUGUGGCUAUCAUUGGUAAACGAGAUGUUGUCAUGGAAAAGCGGAGUCAUGAACAACAUAUCUGUGAUUUGUGUUGCGAUGUUGAUGUUUGCAACAAAGAUUGCACGACUGCUCGUCUAAAUAGUGACUGUUUAGACGUUCUGCGUCAAGGCGGAAACAAAACGUUUAAAGACGGCAUCUAUAAAGUCAUGGAAUGGAAAACACACCAAGUUAUCGAUGUUUAUUGCGAUAUGACUACGGACGGUGGAGGUUGGACCGUCUUCCAGUAUCGCUUUAACGGAACUGUUGACUUCUAUAGGAAUUUUUCUGAAUAUGAAAAUGGAUUUGGAGACUUGAAGACAGAAUUUUGGCUGGGUCUAAGAUAUAUUCAGGAGUUGGCUGCUCAAGGACGUACUGACCUACGGAUCGAUUUAGAAGCAGCAAAUGGAACAACAGGAUUUGAAACAUUCGACAAUUUCUCCCUUUCCGCUGGACCGGCGUAUACCCUGCAUACUGGAUCAACUAUAGCUUCAUCGGGCAUUUCAGGCAACAUCAGGUUUAAUCCAUAUCAUAAUGGCGAGGAUUUUUCUACAUACGAUCACGAUGUGGACUCAUCUGACGGCAACUGUGCUGUUAAGUGGCACGGUGCCUGGUGGUAUAAAGAUUGCUAUGAGGCCAAUCUAAAUGGAAAGUACUUGACACCAGGGACUUAUGAUAUAGAAUCUAUGAAUUACGAUAGCUUCUCAGGUUCCGGUGUACGUUACAUUUCCUUAAAAUCCAGCAAGAUGAUGAUGAGAAGAAAAUAAAAAUCGUACCAAUUAAUAGUGAGGUUCAAAUUGUAUGUGGUUUGCGUUUGUACUUUCUUACUUCCAAAUGUAUCAUUUUGAUUGACCGAUACAUAUAUAUGAACUAUUUUAUUUCUUGUAACAAUAUGUAUAUACACAUUGCCUUGUUAGUGAUAUUCUUGUUUUUUUGUUUGUUUUGUUGAAUGUAGCUAUACAGUUUGCUAUAUGUAUGAUUUAGAUUGACACAUAUCUGUUUUUACAUAAGCUAUAUCACGCCGCUGUUGGUCUGUGUUUAGCACGCCUCAUUCGUGAAUGUACUUGCUUUUCAUCUUUGGGAUGAAAAUAAAAUAUCAACCGACUGUUCUACAUUCAAAAUAUUUGUUCAUACUUAACUGCUUAGAAAAUUAAAGAAUCAAUACCUUAACCUUACUAGAAACAUUACCUCAGUCUGUGCAAAAAUGAAACAAUACGCUUACGAAUGUGAUUCUGUUUGCGAUAAGCUUAUCAUUAUGCAACAUAUUUAUGACUAUGUUACAGCAGAAUAAAAAUUAUAAUAAAGUUUAUUAUGUCAAAUGAAAGAUCCCGACUAACAAAUUUAUUUGAUAUGUUACAACAAAACAAAAAAUUAAUGCAUUUAAACGCAAAACAGCAACAAAUUCUUGAGUAACACUGGCACACAUGUCCUUUCUGGGAACUAAAACUUAUAUCCCAGAGAAUCCUGACAUUAUACUACAUUAUAACUUGCAUUGACAGACUAGCAAAAGGAACGACAAAAACCAAUGGUCUGUUAGUACAACUAGUCUCUUAAAUCAACAUAUUUUUUCUUUGUUAACACAAAUUAGAACUGAAAAUAUGCCUCUCAAUGCAAAUAGUCUCUUAAUAGACUUGGUAUUUUGAGCAAGUUUGACUGCAUAUCAUAAUUAACAGAAUAAUGCACAAAACCCAUCACAAGCGGAUACAUAUUUGUGUAUGAAAAAGGAAAACACCAUUAAGGUGUGAAACAAAGCAUUGCAGAUUAAAUUUUCGUAAAUUGCUUUAUUACAAUGCCAUCAUGAUCAGCAAUUGUUUCACCUAUUGAUAGAAAACAAUUCAAAGUUGUCAGCUCUAUUGCUCAUGUUUUGUACUUCAGUUCAAUAUAUUUGGUGCUAAAGCCUAGAAUCAAUUCGCAAACUGACGUUCUUGUUUUGCAAUGCAGUCACUCACUAACUUAUUGCUAAUGGGACAAUGUUACAUUUCCGAUAUAUUUCACAUGGCAACGCUAAUCGAGUUUUAAUGUUUGUAAACAUAUCGGUCACAACAUCGUUUUAAUUAUUAUGAAAUACUUAAUUGUAAUUAGUUCAAUGUAUAAGAUCAAAAAAGAGGAAAAAUAAUUGAAGGGAUAAAAUAGCUUCUUACAUUCCCGUUCCUACGCAGCGUUAAAAGAGGGGUUGAAUUCCUGUAUAGUUCACUGCAAUUUUCAUUAGGUGUCUGAUGUGCCUGAAUGUUGCAAACAAUUCAGGUGUUCUAUUUCCAAAUGCAUUUUGAUUACUGAAAAUAGGAACGCUUUAAAGAUUCAUGAAUUCUUGAUUAGUUUUGAUGUUAUCGUCAAAAACAAUUGCGGUGGUAUAAUUUUGAAUGCAAGUUUCACAGGCCACAAUACCAAAUCAGAACAAUAUCAAACAAGUAUGUAAAAUAUUAACAAACUUAUUCAUAAAGAAUAAACAAAUGAAAAUUUGCAACGAACAAAACAGAAUAAAAUAAUUACUAACUAUCAAUGUUUGAUUUCAUAAUAGCCACCUCAAAUUAUGUUAUUUCCAAUUUUCUUAUCGAUAACUUCCUCAAAAAUGUAUUGUAUGCACUUUGUAUGUUACAUAAAUGUUAAAGGUUCUUUAAUAGAUUCAAAUGUAACAUGAAAUUCUACCCUGUAUCUUGAAGAUGUAGUAUUUUGUGUUUAAAGGGAGAUAAAUCUCUUAUAACUUGACAGAUUUAAUAAAGUAUAAUUCCCUACUUCUUCAAUAUACUAAUAAGACAGAAAAUGUAGUUUUAAACAAAACAUGUCUUAAACAACCAUACUGUAUUUCUUAUGUGGAAGUAUUCACCAUGUAAUCUGUUAAAACAAAUAAAGCGGGUUAUCAUAUAUUAUUUGAAAAUUAUUUCCUCAUCAGUGAAUUGAUUUAUCGUAUUAAAUAACUCGAGGUAAAUAUUUUGUAUUAUUGUACUUUUGCUUUCAUAAGGAAAGAUAAUUAGAAAAUGCAAGUGAUAUACACAAUAUAUUCAGAUAUUUUAGAAUGAACAUUCACUCCGUACCUUUUUUUCUCAUUUGCAGAGCGAAAUAAGUAAUAAGUAAACUGCAGUUGUGCUAUACUUUAUGCUCUAUUCUAAAACUUCAACUAAAAUAAGAUUAAUUGAAAUUACAGUGAAGUAAUUAUAAGAUACAUAGUUAUAAUUAAAUCAUUGUCGUAUUAUACUUUUUAUUGAAUGGCGGAACUCUCAGACCACUGCACGCUUGAGUGGUUAAAGAACGCUGACUUUCGUAUCACUCUCCCUUCACCUCUGGCAGAUUGUAACUUCAGGCGACAACGUAGACAUAUUUCAUGUGAGGUAGCUUGUUUACAGAAUAUUAUUGGUUCUA